AUGUCUCAUAAGGGAGCAAUUAGAAAGGUUUCAACCACCAAGGAUGUACACCAGUCCAGCAGUAAGUCUAAAUCAAAAGGUCCAUCAUCUGCUAAAGAGUCAGAAAGCUCCGAGAAACUAGAGCCAAAAUCAGAAAAGAAAUCUGAACAAAUGAUAGAUGAUAGUAGACACUCAAGAUUAAUGCAAAAUGUACAAUCAAGUAAAAGUGGUACAAGGCAAUCAAUUAGAGCAUCAAAAACUAAAUCUGUUAGAGAAAGUUCCUCUACUAGCAAAUUAAAAUCUGAUAGCUCCAAAACACCUGUCACAUCUAAAGUGAUAUCAGAUCAUGGGAAGAAACCUAGUAGCAGUAAUUUAGUAAAAACCAGUAAAUCAUCUACUGGAAGAAUACAGAGUAAUUAUUCAGAGAAAAGAGGGUUGAGUACAGUAUAUGUACCACCAUCACUUACAACUAAACUUAACAUUAAAUCAGCUAGCAGAGAUAGCAAGUCUGUUUCAAAGGAAGAACAAAAAACUAAGGUGAAUUCCAAUCCAAAAAGAGAAAAUAAUUCAACACUUAAGUCAAGACAACGUAAACUAUCCAGAACAUUAAGUCCAAGUGAAGUAAAAAUGUUGCAUUCAGCUACAAACAGAGCAAAUUCUUUGCAAAGGGAUCAGAAUCUGAAGAAUCAACCUGUGGCACAUCAGAUAAAUAGUGUAGACGAUUAUGAAGAUGAUUUUGAGGAUUAUGAAUCCGAUUUUCAAGAAUGCACAGACAGUGAUGCGUCUGAAGUUAGUGAAGAAACAAGUAGUCAUAGUAAUUCACCAUUGGACCCCAUUGAAUUACUUACCUCGAAACAACGCAAAGUUGUGAACAGUGCUGAGCAGAAGGAGGAAGAGCACAUGCAUGACUCUGGUCAUUAUGAGCUCACAGAAGCUAGAAAAAGGGCGGCAAGAAUAGAAUCGGUUGCAAAUGAUCCAAAACUGUCUUCGCUUCUUGAGUUAAGGCAACCAGUGAACAAAACGUAUAGUGAGUCUGAGACUAAAUCAUUACCGUCAUCUACUGAUGAAGGUUUCGAGGAUAGUCGAUCUGGUGAUUUUACGAAGUCACCACCACUUCCUCAAAUUUCAUUCAUUGAUUUUCGUAAAACCAAAAAAACACAAAGAACGAAGAAAUUCAAAAAAAGACUAAGUAGGGGUGAAGAAUUAUUGGAAAUGAUAAAAUUAGAUGUUAUGGAAUGGUCCCUUUUAGAGUGUUCACCAGUACCAUAUGAAGAAUUUAUUAGAAGUUAUGGAAAACUGAAUGCUCAACAGAUGUCCACGCAAACUGGUGAAGAUAAUAUAGAUGUAGAAAUACAAACGGAUAAAAUCGUGUUUACAAAUAAAUGGACCCAAUUUCCAAUAACGUGUAGAAGUAAUUUACGAACUAAAGAGGAUUUAGAUUUAUUUCGAAUGGAUCAGAAUGGCGUUGGUAAUGAUGAUGACUUAGAUUCUAUUAAGUCCUUAACGCCCCCAUCAUUUGAUAUAUUAAGAUUAAGUGAUUUUUUGAACCGAGCUGGAAGAGUAAUUUUAUCAUUAAUGGAAGAAAGACGAUCUGGUGGAAAUGUUUUCAAAAAUGUGGAGGAUGUACCAUUUAGCGACGGUGUUGUUAAAUUAUCUGUAAAUUCGGUCACAUUUUUGUCAGGCAGAGCAGUGACAUUAAUUCACUAUUCAAGCAUUCUAAGUAAGAUUUUAUUGACCAUUCAUUCUCCAGCUGAAGAGGAAAUUGAGACGUCCAGCAAACAAGAUUAUAUAACCGACUGUUGCAUCGGAUGUGUUUGGAAUAUUUCAGAACCAUCGAUGCCGGUUAAAUUAUUUUACUCGCCCAGUCCCAUUACUGCAUGUAGUUUUCAUUUAACAAGUCAUAGCGUUGUAUUUGCUGGGCUGCAAGAUGGAUCAAUUAGUCUCUGGGAUUUAAAGGAAGAUGAAAUGUGGCAUCAGAAAGUGACAGACAAAGCCAAUGAAUUGGACUGGACUAUUCGAAUGCCCACUUACACGACAACUGGGAAUACUGAUAUAAAUGUCGAUAACUCGCAAAUAGUUGCAUUACGUGUAUUAUCUAAAAUUGAAGAAAAAUCGUUCCAACGACGUAACAAUAAAUUUGUACCGAUUCAGAUAUGUAGCUUGAGUGAAAAGGGUUCUCUGAUUAUAUGGAGCGUUUUACACAGUAUGGGAAUAAAUGUCGACGAUUUAGGACUAUCUUAUUGGGGUAGUAUAAGACUGGUGAAAAGUCAGGAAUUGCUUUUGCAAUCUCAUAUUCUUAGAAAAAGAAUCGGUGCAGCUGCUUUUAUUGACAUGCAUGUGGAUUGUGUUGAUAACAACAAUGUUUAUGUUGUCACUAACAGUAACAAUGUUUUGCAUGCUACCUGCAUUGGUAACAAAGCUAGUCCUUCUAUGUACACAAAAUUUGAUACUAGUUCCUGUGGGAACGUGACUUGCAUAGAAAUAUGUCCAUUUGAAUACUCGUUUUUCUUGGUCGGUUGUGACGAUGGCACGAUUCGAUUACAUUCGUUAAAUAUCGAAAAACCAAUUUUACAAUUAAGAGACGAAGAUAAUACGUACAGUAUUAAAUCAGUGCAGUGGUCAAAAACAAAACCGUUCACAAUUUUUGUACUAGACAACAAAUCACGAAUACAUAUAUGGGAUUUAAAUAGUAGUGAUAUAUAUCCGACACACACAAUAAAUGUGCAAAAAUGUGGAUCUGUAAAUUGUGUGCAAUUGUCAUCAUGCAAAACUGAAAGAGAUAUGACUCAUCAGUAUCUGGCAUUUGGAACAGAAUCCGGAAACGUGGAAAUACAUAAAUUAAAACCAAAUUUUUGUUAUUCGAAAAAGGAAGAUUACUUGCAAGAGUCGAAUAAUUUUAUGCGAUACGUGGCAAUUUUAUAAUUAAACCAAGAAUGGUAACAAAAAUACUAAAAGUGAUUGAAUUGUUUUGUACUG